CAGAUGGAGAACCCAUCUGAGGUCUUCUCUGUGCUGUUAAUCAUCGGCGGCGACAUCAUCCAAAAAGCAAUUGCCCAGUUAGCCGGCGAAAAAAUCACAUUGGUCUCUUUCAGUUUUGGAUGGGUUGCGUAUGCGUUCAACGCGCUCAUGUCGGCGUUUGGAGAUGGCCAGCUUAUGCCGGAUCCAGAUUACCCAGCAGUUGUAAUCACUGCCAGUAGCGGCAUCAAGAAAACAAAUAAUUCCUGGGUUCUCGGAAGAUUGAUUCGAGAUCUGGAGUUUGAAGUGGAGAAGCAAUUCAAAACAUGGAUGGAGCCGGUCAAGGAAGAUGGCAAGGUAAUCGACAAUCUGGCGUCAGAGUCUGAUUCAGGAAUGUUGAUAACCGUCUUUGAAGCUGGUGAGAAUCCAGGAGUCCAGAGGUGGGACAAGUGUUGGACCUUGUUCUUCAUCGUGUUGCCGACUCAGCUCGCAAUUGCUGCCAUUCCAGUUAUUACAAAACGAAAUUGGUCAAUACUGUUCCUAACCGCCGUCGGAACAAUUCUGGCCAUCGUUACAGGAUCUUUGCGAGAAUGGAGACUACAGAAGUAUAGUUGUCGCAAAAACACAUCAGACACAUACAUUCUCACGCGAGGAAACGGACACCCCCACGUCUUUGUCAUUUGUCCGGGAACUAAUCGGGGGCUAUACCUUCAUGAUCUUGCCGGUGCAGCCCGAAGAGCUGAUCUGAGGACAAGGGUCAGCUCCGUGAUACUAGCAAUUCUUUGGCUGGUCUUUCUCAUCACAGCGGGAGGGCUGAAAACCGACACCUGGUUCCUGCUUGCGGUGGGAGCAGUCGGAAUGGCCCAGAACAUUCUCGUCGCCGGGUUACCGAGGAAGCCAGACGCUACAGGCAUCCCGCUACGGCAGACGAUGCCAACUUUUGGGCGUAGGGAGAUGAGCAAGAAUAGCCCUAGGCCCAAGGUGAUGUCUGUUCUAUUCGAGAUUGAAGCCGAGUUGCCAGGGGUUGGGCUUGCUAUUAGGCGAGAGUUUUUCCCA